UAAAUGAUCAAAUCUGUGAUUGUUCAUUGGGUGUGUUUGCUGAUACAGAUGCAGUGAAGUCAGUGUCAGUGCUGGAGGGAGAUUCAGUCACUAUAAACACUGGUCUUACUGAAAGAAUAUAUGAUGAUCUGAUUCUGUGGAGGUUUGGAACCGAAAACACUUUAAUAGCUGAAAUGAUUGUAAUGGCUGACAGCAUGACUGAAUACAAUGAUGAUCUUGAUGGGAGAUUCAGAGACAAACUGAAGCUGGACGAAACUGGAUCUCUGACCAUCACAAACAUCACAACUGAACACACUGGACUCUAUCAACUACAGACCAACAGUGUGAGCAAGAAUUUCAGUCUCACUGUCUAUGCUCGUCUGCCUGUUCCUGAUAUAUUUAUCAGAGACUAUUCAUCAUCAUUAUCAUCAUCAUCAUCAUAUUAUUAUUAUUAUUAUUAUUAUUAUUAUUCAUUGUUGUGUUCAGUGAUGAAUGUGAGUGAUGUGACUCUCUCCUGGUACAAAGGAAACAGUUUAUUGUCCAGCAUCAGUGUGUCUGAUCUCAGCAUCAGUCUCUCUCUACCUCUGGAGGUGGAAUAUCAGGAUAAAAACACCUACAGCUGUGUGAUCAACAAUCCCAUCAGCCACCAGACCACACAUCUGGACAUCAACAAACUCUGUCACACAUGUUCAGACUAUGACUUCUGCUGUGAUUCUGCUGAAGUUGUGAUCCGAUUGGCUCUCUCUGCUCUGGUGGGUGUGGCUACUGUUGCUGUGCUGGUUUAUGAUAUCAGACCCAGAAGAAGCAGACAUCAUUCAACUGAUCUCGAAUAG